AUGUCAGUGAGCGACAAAACUGAAUCAACACAAAACUUGACUGGAAGAGAUGGCGUAAGACCAAGUUUCUUUCGUUUUGCAUAUGGUUCUUCUCUUUCUUCAACUGAUAAGAAGCAACAGUUACAAGAAGUAGAUGCUCUUUUGAAAUGGAAAUCAAGCCUUGUGAAGCAAACUCAUUCUCUCCUUCCAACUUGGAAGAUAAAUUCUACUGCGAGCACGACGACUCCAUGCAGGUGGUAUGGAAUCACUUGUAACAAAGACGGAGGCGUCACCGAAUUGAAGAUAACAGGUUUGGGUUUACAAGGUACGCUGCAUGGUUUUAACUUCUCAUCUUUCACCAAUUUCGUUAGCCUUAACUUGAGCUACAAUACACUCUUCGGUACCAUCCCGUCCCAAAUCAACAAUAUUCCAAAACUCACCUCCCUUGAUCUUUCUGUCAAUGAAUUUUCUGGACUUAUUCCACCAGAAAUAGGCGCUCUCACAAGUCUGCAUAAGUUACAUCUCUCUAAAAAUCAAAUUAGUGGUUCACUGCCUAUUUGUAUAUGCAAUCUGACUAAGUUGACUAGUUUAUCAGUUUAUGAAAAUCAAGUCUCGGGAGCUAUUCCACAAGAUAUCGGAAGGCUAAUUUUUCUUACCUUCUUAGCUUUGUCCGGCAACAAGCUCACUGGUUCAAUCCCCACUUCUUUAACAAAUUCGACGAGAUUGGACGCUCUUUAUCUGCAUGAUAACCAACUUUCUGACAUCAUUCCUCGAGAUAUAGGAAUGCUAAGCUCUCUUACACUCUUAUCAAUUCAUAAUAACAAUAUGAGUGGGUCAAUCCCUGUUUCUUUAACCAAUUUGACUCGCUUGAACACUCUUACCCUAUAUCAUAACCAACUUUCUGGAAUAAUUCCCCAAGAUAUUGGGAAACUACACUCUCUUACAGGCUUUGAUUUGUCAGAGAACAAGAUCACUGGUUUGAUUCCUACUUCAGUAUGCAAUUUAACCAACCUGGCCUAUUUAUCAUUUUUUAAAAAUGGGCUUUCAGACAUCAUACCUCGAGAAAUUGGUGGGCUAAGGUCUCUUACUGUGUUUUCUUUGUACAGUAACAAUCUCAUAGGUUCAAUCCCUGCUUCUCUAACCAAUUUGACUAUCCUAGACACUCUUUCCUUAUGGGAUAACCAACUUUCUUGCAUCAUCCCUCAAGAUAUAGGAAGGCUUCGCUCUCUUACAAUCUUUGAUUUGUCGACAAAUAAUUUCACUGGUCCAAUCCCUAUUUCUAUAUGUCACUUGGCCAACCUCACACUUUUAUCAGUUUUUCGGAAUCAACUUACUGGUGUCAUCCCUCAAGAUAUUGGAAAGCUAAGGUCUUUAGAUACCUUAUAUAUGUCUGUAAACAAACUCACUGGUUCAAUACCUGCAUCAGUGGGUAAUUUGAGAAAUUUAACUCUUUUAUCUCUUUUUACAAAUGAGUUAAAUGGUUCAUUACCGAUAGGAAUAAACAAUCUAACGCUGCUGAAUGAACUGAGUUUGGGCGAUAACAAGUUCUCUGGUUAUUUACCCCAAAAUGUUUGUCAAAGCGGAAUUCUUGAGCAAUUUGUAGUAAAUGAUAACCAUUUCACGGGUCCUAUACCAAGAAGUCUUAGAAGUUGCACCAGUCUUAGGCAUCUAGAUCUUACAUCUAAUGAACUGGUAGAUGAUGUAACGGAGGCAUUUCACGUGUAUCCGCAUCUAUAUAGGCUCGGUGUGGGUAACAAUAUGUUGUAUGGUGAACUUUCAAAAGACUGGGGGAAAUGUCAAAAUUUGACAGCCAUUUCUUUCGCAGGCAACAAAAUCACUGGUAAAAUACCAUCAGAAAUGGGAAACUUGAUGAUUUUAAGUCAACUUUAUCUUUUUUCAAAUAACUUAGUAGGAGAAAUUCCUAAGGAGUUGUUGAAAUUAUCUUCAUUGAUUGAGUUAGAUUUGAGUAAUAAUCAACUUUCCGGUAGGUUAUCUUCCACAGUUGGAAUGUUAUCCAACCUGCAAUUACUCGAUUUAUCCAGAAAUAAACUCAUCGGAUCAAUACCCAAACAACUAGGGCAGUGCUCAAGGUUAUUAUCUUUGAAUUUGAGCUCAAACAAUUUUAGUGAGAGCAUCCCACCUUACAUCGGAAACUUGGAUUCGUUACAGAUUUUAUUAGAUCUUAGUUACAAUGAGUUGAGUGGAGAGAUUCCAUCAGCUCUGGGAAAACUAAGCAAACUGAUAAAACUCAAUUUAUCCCAUAACAAGCUUUCCGGCUCAAUUCCAUCCUUAUUUGAUCAAAUGCUUAGUUUGAACAUUAUCGAUAUUUCGUUCAAUGAGUUGAGUGGUCCUAUUCCAAAUAUCAAGGCUUUUGAGGAUGCUCCAAUUGAUUCAUUGAGGAACAACAAAGAGUAUGUGGCGGGAGGAUAUGGGAGCGUUUACAAAGCAGAGUUGUCAACUGGUCAGGUUGUUGCUGUCAAGAAACUUCACUCGUCAGAUGAAGAAUCUGAGAUAUCUGAUCUCAAGUCAUUCGAAAGUGAAGUCCAUGCAUUGACAGAAAUCCGACAUCGGAACAUUGUGAAACUUUUCGGUUUCUGUUCUAAUCUUCAAAGGAGAUUUUCAUUUUUGGUUUAUGAGUUCGUGGAAAGAGGAAGUUUGAAAAAUGUUUUAUGCAAUGGGGAACAAGCAGUGGAGUUCGAUUGGAUAAAGAGGGUGGGAUUUAUCAAGGGAACAGCUAGUGCACUUGCUUACAUGCACCAUGAUUGCAUUCCAGCAAUAAUUCACAGGGAUAUAUCUAGCAAUAAUAUUUUGUUGGAUGCUGAAUAUGAAGCUCGAGUUUCUGAUUUUGGUACGGCCAGGAUUUUGAAGCCAGAUUCAUCAAAUUGGACUUCACUUGCAGGAACCUACGGAUAUGUUGCUCCAGAGCUUGCCUAUACAAUGAAGGUGACCGAGAAAUGUGAUGUUUAUAGUUUUGGGGUGAUCAUAUUAGAAGUACUUAUGGGAACACAUCCGUCUGAAUUGAUCACGUUGCUCUCGCAAAUUUUCUUUCAUCUCCAUCAUUGAGUAAUAUGGGGCAAAACAUAAGAUUGAGAGACAUCUUGGACCCAUGCCUUGGAGCACCAUCAGAUAUUCUGAAGAAAGAAAUAAUGUACAUCGUGAAGGUUGGAUUCUCAUGCUUACGAGGUGAUCCAAGUACUCGGCCAACUAUGCAAGAAGUAGCAGUAGAGCUAUCAUUGUCGUCUGCUCAGAGCAGGGCAAGUUUAGAGAAGCCUUUUGAAAUGCUUACAUUAGGAGACAUUUUGUUGUCAUAAAAAUUUGUGUAACCCAGUCAUCUUCUUAUUUUCUUUUCGUUUUGUUGUCAUAAUAAAUUAUUCAGUUAUGAGCUUCUUUUUUUUC